AUUACCUUUAUCACCUUCAUCGUCGUCGUAGCCUUUGUCUAGCCCUGAGUCCGGCACCCACCCCGCUGUCCUCCGUCUCCAGCCGAGAUAAUAUCGACAGCUCACUAGUAAAAUCCCUCCACUCAUCAUGUCCGCCACCGCGGGCAACAUCUGCAUCACCUGCUACUCUUGCUAUAACUCCGGCCCCAAUGCCAAAUCCCUCUUUCCCCCUAACACACGCCGUAUCUAUAAAUUUUCAUUACCCCUUUCAUUCGCGUCAAUAAAUUCUUCCCCUUAUCGCGCAAUUGUAGCCAAAGCGCUGUCGGGUGGUGAUAAGAACAAAAAUUCAUCCAAUCACAAGGAGCAACUUGUGGAGGAGGAAGCAGAAGUAGAGGAAGACUUGCCAUGGAUACAGGAGAAAGCUCUGGAUUUGGUCGAGUUCACAGGCUCCGUCACGCAGGCAAUCCCAGGUCCCCGAGUGGGCCAGAGCAAGUUGCCCUGGGUUCUUGCUGUCCCCUUGGCUUAUCUAGGCAUCACAUUCGUCAUGGCAUUUGUUAAGACCGUAAGAAAGUUUAGUUCUCCCAGGGAAAAACGCCGCAAACUGGUCAAUAAAAAUGCCAUGCUCUGCAAAUCUGUAGAUGAGCUCUUUGAGAAGGGAAUGGAUGAAGUAGACCAAUCAACUUUAAAGGGACUGGUGCAGAAGACAGGCUUUGACAUGGAGGAAAUUUUACGAAAAUAUAUUCGUUAUGCAUUAAACGAGAAGCCGUUUAAUCCAGAUUUGGUAUCUAAUUUGAUCCAGCUCAGAAAAAAAACAAUGUUAGAUGACUCCCAGGUAGCUGGAAUCCUGAAUGAGAUCUCAAGAAGGAUUGUGAAGGACAAAGGUCCAGUGGUCAUGGAUAUGUCAGGAUAUUCUGAAAAAGGUUUCAAAAGAAAACUUGCUGUGCAAACUCUUUUUGGAAAGGUGUAUUAUCUUUCUGAGCUGCCUGAGUUCUGUUCAAAAGACAGCUCUCUAACUGUCAAAGAGAUAUUUGGGGUAGCAGAUGAAGACGCCGAGAAGCUUAGGGUCCACACUGUUUCAGAAGCCGGGGAUUUGGAUGCACUAGAAAAAAUGGUUGAUGGUUCAGAUUCAGAGGAAUCAAAUGAUGAAUCAUCAAAUGUCUCUUGAUGUGCCAACAUUUUCUAACAUGAAAGUUUUGUUCCAUAUAUUUUUUUUUUCUGCUUCCAUCUGUUUGAAUUAUUGCCCUUGCUGGUGGAUCACAAGGUGUGUACUGAGCUCAAUGUGAUGUUUAAUAGUUAAUACUUUUCAAAUCAACUAGAGAAUGAUUGACAUGUCCCGGUUUUAGGCCUUCAACUUGUUGGAAAACUUAUUUUAAAUUUUGAAUCCAAGAGUUCAUUUUGUAAUUUCUUAUAAUAGUUAAGGAAAAACAUUAAACAUCAUGGAAUAAGAACAUAUAUGCUUGUUUGUGUUUUGC